GCGCGGGGCGGAAGCGGGUUGCCGGGAGGACGCGGCCUGGCUCGGCGGCGGCACCGACACCGACAUGAGCGGCAAAGAAGGAUUAGGUGGGUUCAGGAAACGAAAGCAUGAGAAUUUUCCACAUGGCCAAAGAAGAGAAGAAAAAGAGAAUGUUAAUCCAUCAUCAGGUUUGAUGAUGUCCUUUAAAUCGUUUCAACUGGAGCUUGACACCAGGCAUGAUAAAUACGAACGUCUUGUGAAGCUCAGUCGUGAUAUAACUAUUGAAAGCAAAAGAACAAUAUUUCUGCUCCACAGGUUUACCAGUGCUCCCAAUGGUGAAGAAAUAUUAAAUGAAUCUGAAGCCAAGUUAGAUGCUGUCAGGCGAAAGAUUAAGCAGGUUGCACAAGAACUGAUUGGAGAAGACAUGUAUCAGUUCCACAGAGCUAUAUCUCCAGGACUUCAAGAGUAUGUUGAGGCAGUCUCAUUUCAGUAUUUUAUCAAAACACGAUCUUUAGUUAGUGUUGAAGAGAUCAACAAUCAACUAGUAUUUACAGCAGAAGACAAAGAAGAAAUAACAAAUACGACUUCCAAUUCACAGGAUAACACUUGGAGCCUGAAGGUAACACCUGUAGAUUACCUGCUGGGAGUGGCUGAUCUAACUGGAGAGCUGAUGCGACUGUGCAUCACCAGUGUUGGAAAUGGUGACAUAGACACGCCCUUUGAACUGAGCCAGUUUUUACGUCAGAUUUAUGAUGGUUUUACUUUCAUUGGCAAUACUGGACCUUACGAAGUGUCUAAGAAGCUGUAUACCUUGAAACAGAGCCUGGCCAAAGUAGAGAAUGCCUGCUACACAUUAAAAGUACGGGGAUCUGAAAUCCCAAAGCACAUGCUAGCUGAUGUGUUCUCCACCAAAACAGAACUGAUUGACCAAGAGGAAGGUCUUUCCUAAAAUAAGGAGACUGUUGCAACCCAGAAGGGAAGUGGACUUAUAGUGGAGAAAACUUGUUAGGGUUUGUGUUUGACCCUUCUCAGAGCUUUUUAGGUAGAGAUGUUGUUAGUUUUGUGUAUGAGAAGAUUGUUUGCAGUGGUGAUUUGUAACCAAAAAUACUUUUUAUGAUGUGCAAGAGAACAAAUGUUUGACUUUGUCCUCUCAGCAUGGAAUUUCCUGUAUUGCUCCAUUGUAUCUUUCAGAAUGACCAAAUGUUCCACUGUGCUCUACACCAGUGAUUGUCAAUUCUGUGAGUCACCUCAAACUUGUGGUUGCUAUUAUCGGUUUUCAGCCAGCACAGCAGUGCAAAAAUGGUUAGGUACUGUGAUUCAGCAUUAUCUACAGGUUUAUGCUGACCCCUUUUUUCUGAGUACUUGGUUUCUGUAUUCAUAUCAGAGCUAAAACAGUGCACCUGUGUAUGUAUAAAUUCAUACUUUGGCUUGAAACUGAGGUAGUGUUAAAGGUGCAAUGUAACGUAAAUUUUGUCUGGUUAAUGCUUUUGGCAUGAAACUAAAGCUAGGUCAACUUUUCACCAAUUGACCGAGUAAAUAUUACUGAGCAUUCAUCUUUUUAGCACUCAGUUCAAAUUCAGCUCUGUAAAUUAUACUGGUGCUUUACAAUUUUGAUGUUAGCUAGAAAACUCUGUAAAAAACCCCAAAACAUAGAAUGUAUUGGUUUACAAUUUUUUGUAACACAUUUUAAUGCAGAAUCUGCCAUCUUUCUGUUCCUAGACAAAAGCAGAAAACCUGCCAGAUAUGCUUAACAUGGAUAAUUCAGCAUUAGGGCAAGCGGGUUUUGUCCAAAACAAAUGUGCUGUGGUAUUGGAAUUCUACUGUCCUCUAUGUUUGUGUUGUCCUGAGGACCUCCAGUGGGAUUGAACUGGUAUAAAUGAAAGAGGGCCAGCUUGAAAUAGCUGUUAGCAGGAGCUGUAGCAUGUGCAUGUUCCUAUGGAAAGGAAAUAGCAAACAGAAACAAGGCAGACAUUCUGGCUUCCACAUUUAUCUUUGAGGUGAGUAUGUCACUGUUGGCAAAAAAUCAGAAUUUUCUGCCGGUGUCUGAAGUUAUGAAAGUCUGAUAGUGUGCGUUAUGCUAAAGGAAAACAGAUAAAAUAACAUGAUCUUUAGACUCCAGGAAGUAGGCCUCCCAACUGCAAAUGAAAAUACUGCAUGUUUUUUAUUUCUACUUCCAUAUGCUGUGAUACUGCCAAUAUUUUUCCCAUGAGCAUGUCAUAAGUAGCUUGGAUCAUCUGAUAUAUGGACAAGAAUGGGCAAAUACAUCUCUUUCAUGUUUGUCCAUUGUUUCCAUGUAAAGCAAUAUGUGGUGAGUUGAAAAAGUGUU